AUGCCGGACCCUGGUGACCACCAAGAUCACCCGGCUGGCCACGCGGACGACUGCGCGUCUCUGACCAACGCCGUGAUCACGGUGAGCGGAAAAAUUCCCUUGUUCUCCCCCUCGAAUGGAGAAGUCACACAUGAUCCCUGUGCCGGGCUGUCCUUCAUCGGCGCCGGAGACCUCAACCCGCUGAACGCUUAUUGCGCCUCUGUAUCCUCCGGUUGAAAAAAAACGUGUUUCCACGACCCCAUGGGACGUGGAACAUUGCAUUAAGUGUACACGACGACCCAGAAGUUGUGUUGGGAUAGAUAGUCACUGACAUGGCAAGAAGUAAGUAGGUUUUGGGUUGUAUAUAAAAGUCUGCCAGAUGCGUAGCUAAGUGAAAAUGUAACCGCAUCUUCACAAAUGCAAAUCGACGCCCCUAUGCUAAUAAACAAGAUUUUUAGAAAAUGUCUCUCAUGUAGUUGCUGCUGGUCAGCUGCGUGUAAAAAGAGAUUUUGCCCGCACGCAGAUUUGCAUUGGGGUCGUUGGGACCACGUACAACUUUUUACGCCGGAUAUUAGGGAGGCGGGGGUGAAGAUCCGAAUUUCGAUCAUUACAUGGACCAGAUUGCGCUUGCCGGCAAUUUUUCCGCAGAAGUUUUUGGCGAGCCAGGAGGUUUUGACGCGGUUGCAGAAAAAAUCACGGUCGAUAUCAUAUGCAAAAACGUCCCCACCCCAUAGUCAAGAUUGAUGGGAACGUAGCAACACAAAUCCAGAAGUUUUUGGAGCCACGCAUGACAAGUUGCAGUCCGUAGCGUGGUGCAUGUUAGCAAGGACAGCCGCAUCACAAAUACAUCUGUUUAUACUGUUUGCAGCAUUACAAACAAGGUCAUGGCGCGGGGACAGAGUCCCCGCGCUGCGACCUUGCGGCGAAGAAGGGCCACCCGCGGUGGCUUUUCUUGCCCAUGAUGCGGCAGGUUUUUUUUUUUGCGACAGAACGGGGUGGCUUGGCGCCCGUGGUGCCGGCGCCCCCCCUGGAAAAAUGCGGCUUUUUCUGCGCCCCUGGGCGGGGCGCCCCCCCCAAAGGACUACCCACGACCAACCGAGGGCGCGGCCGUCCGGGAGGUUGUUCUCCCGAACCAGGGCGCGCGGGCCUGUUUCUGCGCCCCUCCGCGGGGCGCCUCCCCCAAUGGACUACCCAAGACCAACCGAGGGCGCGGCCUUACCUCCAGGGCGCGUGGACCUGUUUCUGCGCCCCUUGGCGGGGCGCCCCCCCCAAAGGACUACCCACGACCAACCGAGGGCGCGGCCGUCCUGGAGGUUGUUCUCCCGAACCAGGGCGCGCGGGCCUGUUUCUGCGCCCCUCGGCGGGGCGCCCCCCCAAAGGACUACCCAAGACCAACCGAGGGCGCGGCCUUACCAGGGCGCGUGGACCUGUUUCUGCGCCGCUGGGCGGGGCGCCCCCCCCGAAGGACUACCCGCUACCAACCGAGGGCGCGGCCUUCGUGGAGCCUGUUCUCCCGAACCAGGGUGGGCGCGCGGACCUGUUUCUCUCUGCGCCCCGGGGCGGGGCGCCCCCCCCAAAGGACUACCCAAGACCAACCGAGGGCGCGGCCUUCCCAGGGCGCGUGGACCUGUUUCUGUGCCCCUGGGCGGAGCGCCCCCCCCAAAGGACUACCCACGACCAACCGAGGGCGCGGCCUACCUGGAGCCUGUUCAUUCUCCCGAACCAGGGUGGGCGCGCGGACCUGUUUCUGCGCCCCUGGGCGGGGCGCCCCCCCAAAGGACUACCCACGAUCAUGUGAGGGGGGGCGCGGCCACCUUCCUGGGGCCUGUUCUCCCGAACCAGGGCGCACAGACCUGUUUCUGCGCCCCUGGGCGGGGCGCCCCCCCCAAUGAAUAGGCAGCCAACCUUUGGCCCCCGGGGUCGGGCCUGACUCUUGAAAAGCGGCCCCCGGGGUCGGAUGUUCCUUUUCCGAAGUCGGGUGGGGGGCAUGUUUUGAGUUGUGCAGGAGGUUUUUGCCGAUUCAGGUCGUGUUUGUUUGAUACCCCGGAACAGGGGUCGGAACAUACCCCGGAACACACCCCAGAACACACCCCGAAACACACCCCAGACCAUGCCCCGAAAGCCACUUUCCGACAGUCAGGUCCGGGGUCGGGCCCGACUCUCGAAAAGUGACCUCCGGGGCCGGGUGUCACUUUUCCGGAGUCAGGUGUGGGGUAUGUUUUGGGGGGUGCAUGAGGAAAUGGCCGAGUUAGGUCGUGAUUGAUACCCCGGAACAUGGGUCGGAACAUACCCCGGAACACCCCCCAAGUGAUCACUUUUGGGCAGUUGCUGCAGUUUAAAUAGUAAUGCCAAAAGACGAUAGGAAAUGCCUCCCUUGGGGACGCGCAUUACAAAUGUUCCUGUAAUUGCAUAUCUGCAGGACAGCUCUGGGGUGGGGACGUUUUUACACAGGAUAGUCGAUCAGGCUGCUCUCAUGAUUGUAGCCUUGAACGAGACAACCGACCAAUUUGUGGCGCAGCUCAUGGUUGGCCUUGUGAUGCAAAUGUCGGUAUACAAAGUGAUGCCCUUCUGUUGCACAGAUGGCAGCUGGCUGCCGAAAAGAACUUUUGCCGGCGAAAAUUAUAAAGCCGACGUUGACUGUGGAAAGAUGGCAGAUGCCGUUGCGGCGCUGCAGGAGAAGAUGCAGCAGCCGCCGCUGGUUAACACGGAGAUGGGGCAGGAGUUCAGGAAUAGGACUAUCGCGAUAUGGAUUGCAAAAAUGUCUGGGUCUGGAAGAUUGCCAGGUUUGUCAUGCAGGUUUUCCAUAACCCAUGAGGUCUGGUAUGUAGGACAUAGCAUGACAGAUUCUGCGAAGCCUUUCCAAUGCCUAUCCUGCGUGAGAAACUGCCUCUCGAUUAGGUCAAAAGUGCACAACCUUUGGCAAUCAUGCAACACAGUUUUUUGCCUGAUUCAGAUUUAGCAUGACAAGUUGCAUUCUUCCAGACCCAGACAUUUUUGCAUUUGAUACGCGAAGGAGAUUUGCAAUUCUGCGCCCGAAAUUCACAUUGCCGAGAUGGCUUUGGAUGCGGUGGAGGACAAACAACCAGGCGCUACCGCCGACGCUGCCUGCCUUUUCGUGAAAAACGCGGCCUUGGCCAACGCCAACAAGUGUUGCGAAGGAGCGCCGAGCAACACGUGGCGGGUCGUUUCGCAAGAAGACGGAGACGCUGAAAACUCCGCCGAGGGAAAUGAAAUCGGUGGAGACGAGGAUGAUUUUUAUACAAGCCGCACCUGCGGCGCCGUUUUCGAACUGCACUUUCGCAUGAAAACGCACAUCGAGAACGAAAAAGCAAACAGCGGAAAAAACAAACGAGGAUCAAGAACAUACCCUUGA